CUUUGUUAAGGUUUUUCCUAAAAAUUUUCUUGGAACAAGAAUUAGUACUGCGACCAAGCAACACGCAAAGAGAGAGAGAGCAGCGUAGCAGAGUAAGAAUGAGCGAAGCUCCGAAACUCUUCACCAGCAAACCUAAGAAAGCACAGCUGAAACAUCAACAGCAACAUACAUCACCACCGUCGGCGUCGGCGUCGGCGUCGUCCAUGGGGACUCAAGCUACGUCCAAGGCUCCGACUCCACCUCCUCCUCCUCAACUGCCCAAGGAGUCGUUCGCCCGUCGUUACAAGUUCCUUUGGCCUCUUCUCUUGACUGUCAAUUUGGCCGUUGGAGCUUACCUUUUCAUGAGGACAAAAAAGAAAGAUGGAGGGACAGAGGGAGAAGAGUCUCCAGAGGUUCCCUCUGCUCCUGUUGCAACUCCUACAGUAAGUGAAAAAUCACCUCCUCCUUUGCCGGUUAUGGCGCCUGUGAAGUUACAUGAUCCAAUACCCGAGGAUCAGCAACGUGAACUUUACAAGUGGUUAUUGGAGGAGAAGAGGAAGGUUAAACCAAAAGACGCAGAAGAGAAGAAUCGCAUUGAUGAAGAGAAAGCCAUUCUCAAACAAUUCAUUCGAGCCAAAUCCAUUCCAAGCUUGUAAUUACUUUUUUUUUUUUGAACUAGUAGGCUUGUAGUUGAAGUCCUUCAGUAUGCUGACCAUGUGAAUUUGCAGAACCACUUGGAAUGGAUUGAUAAUGGCUUUAGUUUGUGAUUCAUUUACUUUCAUCUCUCCGUGGCUGGCUUAAGGCCGUAUUGGUGUCUGAAGGUGAAAGUGUUAGCAGUGACUAUUUUAGGUCCGGCGUAAUGGUCGGUUCUCCUUGUAUAGCCCACGUCAGCUUUUCUUAGCUCCUUUCUAAGAGAAUUCUUUUGAGUCGAUACUAAUU